AGUUCAUUGUUAUAGCGAAUGAGUGUAUCUCGAGUUAGUAUAAGGCGAAGGGAGAGUCCCCUUGCGAGGGGUUGGUUCGUAGAAAUGGAAUGAUCAGAUAAUCAGAACGUCAAAUAGUGUCAAACAAAUCAAAAUGGCACCAAUUGCUCUUGAAACACCAGCUGUAGAACCUCAGUUCAAUAACACCAAGGUUCUGAUAAAGCCAUGGACUCGGCCUCAGCCAACUACUGAGAAGCUCGAAUACGCGGAGUUGCCCAAAAUUGAUCUUUCUAUAUUCGACCAGCCCGGUGGCAAGCAAGAGCUGGCCAGGCAGCUUUAUGACGCUGUCACUAAAGUUGGGUUUUGGUCUGUGGUGAACACGGGCAUUGAUGAUGAGCGCGUGCUCCGUCAGUUUAGCUUCGGAAAUGCGUUCUUCAAGGAACCCUUAGAAGAGAAGAGAUUCCCUUGUAACUUCUCCGAAGGCGAGUACUUUGGAUAUAGAGAGAACUCGCGCUGGAUCGGCGACACAGGUGUCAAAGAGAAUGUAGAAAUGUUAAACAUUCCCAAAGCCAUCCCCGCCUUCACAAACGUAGGAAAACACCGCAUCGUGGAGCAAAACUGGGAAGAAAUCGCGUCCUUUCACCGGGACCUCUUCGACAAGGUAGUUCGAAAGCUCUUCGUUUUGAUCUCCAUCAUCCUGGAGCUUCCCGAGAACUACCUCGCGGACGCGCACGCCUAUGAUGAGGAAUCCGAUGAUCACCUACGUUAUAUGCUAUAUAACGUGCGAAGCCAAGAAGAAUGGGACAAGGCGCAGGCUUACUCAAAGGGUGGACAUACCGAUUUUGGUAGCUUGACGCUACUUUUCUCGCAGCAUAUUGCUGGAUUACAGAUCCGUACGCCGGAGGGCGAGUGGAAAUAUGUUAGCCCUGUGGAGGGUGGUAUUACCUGCAACGCGGCGGAUACUCUAUCAUUCCUCACCAACGGUUUUAUCAAAUCUACCAUCCACCGCGUAGUUACGCCCCCCAAAGACCAAAUCAACGUGGCACGCCUCGGGCUCCUCUACUUCAACCGACCCGGCGCCAACACGCCCAUGAAGACAGUCCCAUCGCCUCUUCUAGACCGUCUCGGUCUCAUCUCGGAAGAGGACAAAGAUCCUAACAAGCCAGUAGUUUCUGGUACGGAUUAUGUGCGAGCUAGAGUGAAGGACGUUCAUUAUAAGACCGUGCUGGAGAAGCGUGAGGGCACCUCUUUUGAGUUUAAGGGGUUGAAAGUGCAGAACCACUAUGCUUAGUGGGAUAUGUAAAUCCGCAAUUGGUGAAUCAAGUAGUUGAAUGCAAUGGAAUGCUACGAUAAUUUUAUCUUCUUCA